AUCGGCCAAAAAUCCCUCUCCACAGGAAUCAACCCCAUACAGUGUAUAAUCCAGUUGACACCGAGUUGCCUGGGUUGGGAUGCAUCGUCGAGUGUUGGAGCGGUCGGAGCGGUCGGAGCUGUGGCAUGUAGAUCCAGUGACCAAGGUAGCCAACGAGUUCUCGUCCACGGCCGCGGCUCUUCAGUCUUUUCGUCGUGCGAUUUAUUUGCCAGCCGACAUUGCGAUUAUGGUGCAACUGCUUCGACGGUGCGGCCUCACCAGUGCCGUGAUCCGGGUCAUUUUCGAUCGCGCAAACGUCUUCGCCGCGUACGUUCAAGAAACGAAUGACAUUCUUGAUGGCUACGCCCCCAUGGACGAAGCAUACUUGAGACUUCGCCUGCCCACGCCAGUGGUGUCAUCCGCGUUGACCACAUCCCCCCUCCCCUCUGCCCUCACAUUCGAAUGUGUGUCUCGAGAUCUAGGUGGCGUGGCAGUCACACAUCAGUCCCCCGUACGCUGUCACAGAUGGCUCGAGUUUGAAAUCCUCGACGCUCACCAACGGGUGAUAUAGCCUCGCCAGGAUGUCUGUCGCAUGUUUCGCUCGUGCCGAGACUACCGCUGCCACGUGCUAACAGUAGACGAUCCCCAAGUAUUAAAGCACCUUCUUCCUGGCCACUCCGUGGUGCUCCAUGUGCGGGCAGAUAAGAAAGGCUCGAGCAACUACGUCAAGUAUGCCGGCAUCUCAUUACACUUUGCCGUGACGUUGUCUGGUGAUGUCGACGAUGACCAAGUCCAACGAAAUCGAG